AUGCCCGCCCACGAGCGCGCUGGCUCCCUGGACCGCGAACUGGUGGUCAGGUCAGAAAGCCACAGGCCUGCUAUACCCAUGUGGGACAGCUCAGAUCCAGAGCGGGCACCUCCACCUCUUCCUAUGAACCCUGGGACCACAAGCCCCGUAACAAAGGGGAAUGUCUCACCUCACAUUCAAGCCGUGGCCAAUAGCUUCAAGGACAAGAUGCAGGAGAAUUCACCUAGUUCAUAUACAACCAAUCCCAUGCCGCCGAAAUCAUCUCCCGAGAAGUCCCUGAUUAAAGGACAUUAUCAUAAGCGCAUGCAGAGUUUCCCAAAUACAGAUCCUCGCGCUGAAUUUCUUAGUUAUCUCGAAAGAAGGUCUCCUGAACGGCCUCUACGGGCAACAGUAUUGGACCCAGGAACUAAGCAGCCCGAGAGCCCUACAAAGCCCGCCAAUUCUUCAUCCAGCAAUCGAGACUCAGAACGAGAGAUCCCUCCAUAUAUAGUGUCAAGCCGUUAUCUUUCAAAGCCCAUUCUGGGCGAAAGCACUCCUCCUUCUGCCACAAUGCUGGCUAUUCAAAACAUGCAGCUCCCUGAAACUCCCUCGCCAUCCAACUCCAAAUCCACUCCGGAACCUGCUCCUUCAGGUAAUAGCUUUGAAACUUUAUCGUCCCAGAUCCUCAGUCUUACGAACAUGACGAGCAACUUGCAACGCGAAAUGGCUCAGUUGAGUCGCCGGAGUAAAGACAAUGCCACCGAUCUAAUCAGCCUCAAAGCCGCGACAAAUGCCCGUGACGAAGAUAUAAGAAAGAGCCUCCGCGAGCUCUCUUCAAAUCUGGCGUCGAAGUUCAUGGAUGGAGACGGAUUAUCAAGGUUUGGACUUGGUACUUUCAUGGGCUCUGGGGAUGGUAUUGACCACAGGGAAUCGGACAGUUCACCGUGUUCGAAGAAAAGCUACUCAGCGCCUCGAAUGUCUAGCCCAAGCAGCUUUGCAAUGGCAAUUGAGAGAGAACUCUGUGGUUCUCCUACGCCUAUAUCCGAUGGUUCCGCAAGCAUUGCACUGCUGGAGAAGGUACUACGCGAAAUGGCCACCAAGGAAGGACAGAAGAAGUUACUGGAACUAGUUGAUGAACUGAAAUCUCGACCGACGUCUAAUAGCACCUCUGAUAAGGAUACUGACGGCACUAUUACCAAGAUGCUGGAGGAGAUCCUCAAUAUUGUGAAAGACCACUCUACAAGCAAGGCUUUAGUACACUCAAGGACAGUAGGGGGUGCUGCCGGUCAACCUUCUGAGCAUGAUGGCAAUUUUAUGGAUCCACGGAAGGAAAUGUCGGCUUCUGACGUGGAGAACGAUGAUGGCGCCAAUCGUUCUGCGUUGCAGCCAGCCAAUGUUGCCAAUGCAUUCACGAAUGAGAUGUUGUCUACGAUGAACAGGGUCAAGAACAGCGUCAUUGAAGGUGGUGGGCUGACGAACGAAGUCAAAGCACUAGUCCGAGAGCUACGCGGCGAGGUUCUAGGCAUGGGAAGGAACAUUGCUCGAAAGUUUGAGGAAGCUGAAGCUUACCGGUCCGCCCAGGACGACAAGCCUGCUGCCCCCGGCAAAGAGGAAAUUGCGGCCAUCGUCGACAGCAGUCUGCAGGAGCUGCAAAAACAAAUGGCUGCGAUAUCCAACGAAAACCGUCAUCAUACAGCAGCACUGUCAGAGUUCCGAAAGGCAAUGAACGGCUCGGAACUAUAUGGAAUGGUGAUGAGGGCCUUGAACGAAUUUCCUUUCCCGCAGCCCGAACCCCGGGGAGUCACGAUGGAAAAGGAAGACAUCCUUGAAACUGUGCGAGAGGCCUGGGAGACAUACAAGCCUGAAAUCGAGCUACAGAACUUUGGCCUCGAGCGGGACGAAAUUCUGGAGUGUUUAACUGAAGGGCUCAAGGCUUAUCAACCUAAACACGAGGAGGCUCUUACUUACGAUCAGGUCCUGGCUGCUGUCCAGGAAGGAAUGCAGAACUUUGCCCCUCCUCCUAUCCAGCUUCCCCCAAUGAUCAGCAGGGACGAGAUAAUCCUGACCAUUCGCGAAUGUCUCGAAAGUUUUGAAAUGGUUCCGCCCUCCAUCGAGGAGGAACAACUUCGCGUCAUUCGGGACGAAGUGCUGCGGGCUGUCACGGAAGCCGUAGCGUCCAAAGACACAGCCACCAGAGAGGCAAUUGGCUCUGAAGUUCGAGGAGAGCUUGAAUCUGGAAUUAAAUCUGCUCUCGAGGCUGGCGUCAGUCGCGAUGCAAUAUUCAAUGCCGUCACGGAUGGGCUCAUGGCACACUUUGCUGCAGUCAGGGAAGCAGACGGACCGCAGGUGACCAAAGAGGAUGUUUUAAAUGCGGUCAAUGAUGCCUUUGCUGCGCAGCAAUCUGCCAUUAUCACGAAUAUCCAACCUCAGAUCACCAGGGGAGACGUCGUGGAAGCGGUUAAUGAUGCAUUCGCAGCACAACAAUCAGCCCUUGGUCCGGAUAGCGAAGCACAUGUUACCAAGGAGGAUGUAAUAAGCGCUGUUAACGACGCGUUCUCAGCUCAGAACUCAGCGCUCAUACCCAGAGAUGCGCAGCCAACUCUUUCCCGUGACGAAAUAUUGAGUGUAAUCAAUGAAGCCUUGGAAAACCAGGGUACAAGAGAGAUCGAGCUUAGCAGGGACGACCUCAUGGAAGCUAUUUCAGCUGGCCUGCAAGAGGCCGUUGCUUCUGACAACUUUGGGGCCGGUGCCAAAGUGCUUGAACGCCUUCAGGAUCUUCUUGAUGGUAUAAAAGAAGAAUUCAAACAAUAUUCUGCUGCCAAUGGAAAAGAUACAGAGCAAGUGCUUGAUGCGAUUAAGGAUGGCCUACAUGUUAUCCUUAAGGAGAUUGCAAACUAUACCACGGCUGCCUCAGACAUUUCCGGGAAAGAUGAAAUCAUGGAUACCGUCAAAGAAGGUCUCGGGCUAUUGCAAGCCAAUAUAGAAAAGACAGUUGCUGAGGCUGCCAUUGCGGCGGCUAACCACCGCAAUCCUAACACACCCGAGCUCCUUGAUGCCAUGGAGAAAGAAUUCGAACACCUCAGGCAGACCAUAAGCAGUCUAUUAAUCCGCAGUAACGUAUCGAGCGAUAAGGAUGAGAUACUGGACGCUAUCCGUGAUAUCACUGAAGCUCAGAAGACUUCCAGCAAGGAUACAGAUGUUACUGCGCUCAUCAAAGAACAAUUUGAGAGCCUGCGUGAUACAGUGAACAUGAGCAUUGCUCCUGUAGGGUCGACUAACGAUAGAGACGAGGUUAUUGCGGCGCUACGAGAGGGAUUUGAAAGCCUACGAGAUGAAAGUAUUUUGCGCAGAGACGGCGGUGAAAGUGUCCUAUCUACAACCAGCGAGCUCCUUGAUGCAUUCAACGAUGGCGUGGAUUCAAUACGUGCGGACUUGGAGAAGAUAUUAAAUAAGCCUCCGACGCCUGAUACAACUGGGAUCCUGGAAACGAUAAAAGACGGCCUUGAGAGCCUGAAAGCCGAUAUGGAAACUUUGCGGCAAUCACAGAGAGACUUAGUGGACACGAACUCUGCUCGUGGACGGGAGGUCAUGCUUGCUGGUGAAGCUGGCAACGAUGAUGGCAACGAUAGUCUCAGGAGUCUCAUUACUCAGCUUCAGAGCAAGGUCGAAGCUUUCGAGCCGAGCCCACCAGUCACAACCCCCCCAGAAGAUUCUUUGAAGAAGGAACACCUUGACGAAGUUCUGGAAGGAUUGCGUGAAGUUCAGGCUUCCGUAGCUGCGGGUGCAUCUCGUGAGAUUCCACCGGAUACAUCAUCGGGACUAGCCAGCAAGGAGGAUACAGAUGCAAUCGAGACGUUGCUUCGGAACGCGAAGGCCCAGCUUGAUGAUUUAGCAUUUCCUGCACCUGAGGAGAUCGCUAAGGCAGACCACCUAGCUGCUGUAGAAACUGUCAUGAAGGAAACAAAGGAAAUCAUAUCCGAGCUCUCUACCAGAUUGCAGGACGAAGGGCCUACGAAGUCGGAAUUGGGCACUCUGGAAGGUCUUCUCAGGGAGGUUUUCGUUUCCCUUGAAGAGAUAAAGAAUAAGGAAAAGCCAGACGGGGAGGACAGUGACAAACUGAUGAAGUCCGACCUGCAGACCGUGGAGGCCAUGAUUUUUGACGUCAAAACCCAGAUUGAAGAACUCAAGCUCCCAAAUAUAGAAACGUUGCCACAAAAGGCCGACCUGCAAGAGUUGUCGGCGCUUGUCACUGACUUCAAAGAGAAAAUGGAUGCCGACAAUGAACUCGCGGGCCAGGCGUUUGAGGCUCGGAAACUUGAGCAUGGUGGCCUUGCCGAAAAGGUUGAUGAGGUCAAGACGGUUGUCGGCGAGCUUGGAGAGGAAUUCAAGAGCAGACUAGAUGGCAGCAACGAGGGCCUCUCCGAGCUUAAAAAUCUCGUCGCAGGCCUCAUGGCUUCUUCGGAAAAUUUUACUACAGUUGAAAGCGUCAAAGAGCUGACAGACCUCAUAAACCGGGAAUUCGAGCGCGCCAGAGGCGAGCAGGAUGCUGCAAAAUUGGAGACUGAAGAACGUGAUGCUACUGCCUUGGUAAAACAAGAUGAGAGCCGUGCUGCUAUUAUAGUCGAGCUGGGAGCGAAGAUCGACGAGAAACUGGCUGAGGUCAUGGCCAAGUACGAAGAGGUCCAGAAUGCAAUAGAUUCCAAGUUCUCCGAGACCGAGGGCCGUGACAUUGCAAACCUCGACGCUGUCACGGAUGUCAAAUCGAUCGCGGAAGAUAUCAAGCUCGUAAUCGGGUCCAUGGGCAACAGUAUUAACGAGACAUGCGAUCGUAUCAAUGCCGACACAGCAUCCUUCCUGGAGAAAAUUGGCGAGUCAUGCAACAAGAUGGAAGAGAUGCACAACGAAACGAAGUCGCAUCAGGAACAGAACCGAGCAGACUUUGAGAGAGCAGUAGCUGCCACAGACCGCGUGGAGGCGCAACUCCAUGAAUUCCACCCCCAGCUUCUGGAAUCCAUUCAACAGAUCCUUUCUCUCGUUGAUAAGCAUUAUGAGCAGUCGCAGAAGACUGCACAGGAGUUCCGAAUGGAAGUGUCCUCUCUUCCUUCUGCUAUCACUCCUCUCCUUCCAGCACUACCGCCUCCUGAAGAGAAAUAUGAUGACAGUCAGGUACAGGAGAAACUCAACAGCCUAUUGGAAUACACUGUGAAUAAUGGUCAGGUUCAAGAGAUGUUGAAGACCCUGCUUGAACGGUCCACGAACGACCCGGUCCAUAGAAAACUCGACUCGCUCCUUGAACAUACUGCGGACAGAGAGAUUCAUGACAAGCUUGAUAGCAUUUUAGACCGUGAUGGGAAUGCACAUGGUGCAUUCCAUGAAAUCCUGAGCACCCUUCUUGAGCGUUCGACUAAUGAACAGCUCCAUGAGAAGAUCAACAAUCUCUUAGAUCACGCUACCAGCACCAAUGGCCAGGUUCACGACAGGCUGAAUGAAAUCCUGGAACGGUCUACAAAUGAACAAGUACAUGAGAAGCUUGAUAAUCUUCUCGACCAUACAGCCAGUAGAAACAGCCAGUUUCAAGAGAUGCUGAACACCCUACUUGAACGCUCGACGCAUGACCAGCUCCAUGAGAAGCUUGAUGGCCUGCUUGACCAUGCAACCAGCACAAACAGCCAGGUACAUGAAAAGCUAAAUGAGAUCCUCGAACGAUCGACAGACAACGAGGUUCACGGGAAGCUGGAUGUCCUCCUUGAACAAGCCGCAGACAAUCACGUUAAUGAAAAACUAGACACGCUCAUCGACCAUGCAACGAAGAAUGAAGUAUCUGUUACACAGAUGAUGAAACUCGACGAGAUGCAUAAGGAUAUUAUGGAAACAUCUCGAAGGAUGAACGAAUUCUUCGCUGCUCAGGCUGCGAUGAUUGCCGAAGACAGUGAAACGAAGCGACGGGAGGCAGAAGAAGCCGCCAUUGCUCUUGAGAGGAGAACCGCACAGAAGGAGCAGGUGGAGUCUGAAAUUCAGGGCCUGAAUGAUGAGAAAGAGUCUCUCUUGAAGAUCAUCAGUACUCUGAAGUCGGAGAGGGACGAACUUGUGAAACAGAACACGAAAUACAGCAAGGAACUGUCUAGCCUCGAGACCGCGCUUGAGAUCCGCCACGAAGAGAUGCAAUUAAUGGAGGAGCGGGCAGACAGCCUCGAGAAACGGAUCUUGGAGGGUGUGCUCGACCAUGCACGAAGCGUACUCCUCAGCCGGCCGGGUGGCAUGCACAAUCUGAAGAGAGUACGCAGUGUUAGGGCCCGGAAGAACAGCGGCGCCAGCACCACCAGCACGACAAAAGACGCCCGUAACAUUCUGGGCAAUGGAAUUGGCAUUGCGCUGAAACGGCGAUCACCGACUGCAUCAAACCCUGGAUCAACCACCUCCAACGCUGGUAAGGAACGCAGGAUCCUCAGUUUGAGUAAUGUCACAGGCAACAAGGGCGCGGUAGACCGGCAAGGGGUAGCCAAUAGCGGGUUUGCGAACUUGAAGCGAAGCCAUUCGGUCAAAUCCAACUCAGUUUUACGCAAGACAUCCUGGGGUGGUGUAAGUUCCGUGGCAAACAAAGAGAACGAGGUAUUCCCCGAAGAGGAAGAGCACCAGACUGGGGACGAGAGUGAUACAGGUACGGAGCGUAGGACCAGCUAUGCGGGAAAGUUCACAGACAACAUACGACGGGUGAGCGCCGUGAGUAGCAUAGUGGACCAGCCUGAAGAGGAGGCCAGACAGGAGGGAGAGCACACAGAAGAAGACGCUGGAUCCGAGCCGGACCAUGACGCCCAGGCAGAGGAGCGGGAGAAUGUGGAUAGCCAUCAAGCCACUCUUGAGGACGAUGGGGAUGUCGAAGACGCCAACUUGGAGAAGAAUAUGGUUCUCUACGGGCCUCCUAGUGACAGCGGCUUAGGUAGUGAGGUCGCGGCUCCAGCUGUCUAAGGCGGAGAUCUUACGGUCCAUAAUGGUAUAUGUGCUAGCUGUCUUUCGAAGGGGACUGAGAGUGGAACGACUUUCCUUUGUUAUGUUUCGUCUUUUAAUCUUUUCUUUUGGCCUUUCUUGUUACUUUGUCUUGUUUCCGCAUCGUAUACCACUGCGUUUUUGCCCUGACAUGACUGCCUGGAGACUCGCAUCGCGUCCUUCCUGUGUGUUUGUAAAUGAUUUUAUGAAGUUCAAUCUGCUACG